AUCAGCUGUGCGGGGCCGGAUGGCGCGCCACUUCCAGAGGAGCGACUGUGGACACAGGGGAGAAGGAUUGAAGGCCAGCAGGUCUGUGCCCCCGGGGCAGCUCCUCUACUCCACUUCGCCCUACACGUGCAUCCCCUCCAAGAAAGCCAGAGGCUCCGUCUGCGAACACUGCUUUUCCAGGGUGGAAUCUCUGCUGCGCUGCUCUCGUUGCAAAAUGGCAAGAUACUGCAAUGCUACCUGCCAGAAGCUAGCUUGGGCAGACCACAAGCGUGAAUGCAAGUGCCUGAGAAGCAUCUAUCCUAAAGUUCCAACUGAUAUGACCAGGCUUGUGGCAAGGAUAAUCUUCAAAUUGCUUACUGGAUCGCCCUGCUCAUCAGAAGAGUUGUACUCUCUGUCAGACCUUCAGUCCAAUAUCAAACAGAUGAGUGAAGAAAUGAAAGGAAGCCUUGGGCAACUUACAGUCAUGCUGCAAUUUUAUAUUCAAGAGGAAAUUCAGGACACGUCCCAGCUGCCUCCUGGUUUAAAUCUCCUUCACCUCUUCGGUCAAGUGACAUGCAACUGUUUCACCAUCAGCGACGGGGAGAUGCAAGAGAUUGGUGUUGGCCUCUAUCCCAGCAUGUCUCUGCUGAACCACAGCUGUGAUCCAAACUGUGUGAUUGUCUUUGAAGGAAAACAGCUCCAGCUUCAUGCAGUUCGACAGAUUCAAGCCAAUGAGGAGCUGACUAUCAGUUACAUUGAUGUCAUGGCAACAAGCCAAGAGCGUCGGAGACAGUUGGAGAAGCAAUACUGCUUUGCGUGUGACUGCAGGCGCUGUGAGAUAGCAGACAAGGAUUCUGAUCUGCUGGCAGGCGAGGAACAUGCCUGGAAGGAGGUCAAGGAAUCGAUUCCAAAAGUGGAAGAGUUACAAUCUUCAGGAAACUGGGAAGAGAUUGUAGACAUGUGCCAGACUCUCCUAGAUAAGAAUCGAGAUGUCCUUCCAGACACUAACCUCUAUCUGUCGAAGAUGCUCGAUGCUGCCAUGGACGCCUGCAUUCAGCUCGCGCGCUGGGAGGACGCCUUGAGCUACGGCACAAGGACCCUACGUUCCUAUCAGCUGUAUUACGCUGGUCCUCAUCCUGUGAGAGGAGUCCAACUAAUGAGAGUGGGCAAGCUGCAACAUCAUCAGGGGAAGCUGAGGCAUGCACUGGACACACUAAAGCAGGCGUUUGACAUUCUGAAGGUGACCCACGGAAGAGAACAUUCCCUGACUGGAAACCUGAAGCAGAUCCUGGCAGAAUGCGAGGCCGAGCUCAGUAGCAGACUUGAGCAGAUGUGAACAGAUCCAAACCAGCCCCUGCCUCCCUGUGCGUGCGUCUGUGUGUAUGUGCUUGCCCAUGCACCUGCUUUCAUGUGUGUCUGCGUGUGUGUGUGUUUGCCCACUGAUGUGCAGGUGUGUGAAUGUGUUUCAUGUUCCCAUAAUGCUGGACCAAAGUUAUACUAUCAAUAACUGUUGACCUAACACAGGGUAAAGACAUAGAAUCAAACUGAUACAGCUUACAUUAAAGUUUACUAUGAGGUAUGAGCAAUCGUUGGGAUAGACUGCACCAAACGGGAUGCACAGUUGUGCUAGAUGAACUCUGCAACAAAUUUGAGUUACAGAGCUGUAUACGCCCUCUGUUUGUAACCCUUUGUCUUAAAGUAGAUGAACCAUCUUGCUGCCUCUUAUAAUGUUUCCUUCUUUGUAGACUCAGCAUCAUCCUGGUGGGUGAACUUCCCAUAUCUUAAUGAUGUCAAGUAGUUAAAGUCACCUACGGAAUUGGAUCAACCUGUCAGAACCCAAGAUGUUUGUUUUUCUGGGAUUAAAGAUUCAGCCAAGUGUGAAAUGCUUAGAUAGAGCCAUGGAUUCAGAGGCUGUUUGCGCCUGUGACCUGCCUUAAUCAGUUUGUUUGAUCCAAAGUCUACCAAUAAAUCAAUUGUGUAUUUCUGUCAA